AAGAAACCGUCUUCGGGGACCCUGAGGAGAUGUUGCCAGAACCGCAGGUGUUCAUCCCGCAGAAACCAGAACUUCCAUAUUUCAAGAGCUGGUAAGUUGAGAAGAAAUAUGGCAUUCCUGGAGUUGGUGUCAUUUGAGGAUGUGGCUGUGGACUUUACUUGGGAGGAAUGGAAGGAUCUGGAUGAUGUUCAGAGGACCCUGUACAGGGAAGUGAUGCUGGAGACCUACAGCAGCCUGAUGUCCUUGGGACAAGGCAUCACCAAACCUGAGCUGAUCAUCAAAUUGGAACAAGGAUCAGACCUAUGGAUGGGAAAUGAACUCCCAAACCAGAGCCCACCAGAUGUCCAGAAAGUGGAUGUCAUAAUUGAGGUCAGUGAAGAAAGUCAAGACAGACAUUUGUGGCAAGAUGGGAUUACUACAAACAACACACCAAUUUAUGAGAGAGUUACAUUUGGACAUGCCUUUUGUUUGAGUUCAAACCAUGUUUCAAAUUUGAUUGUAAAGAAUGCAGUCUCUUUAGGAGUGAAGCCCAAUGUAUGUGAGAACACUCAUCUCUCUAGUAUGUCUGAAGGAGUAUAUGCUGGUGAGAAACCCUAUCAGUAUAAUCAAUAUGGAAAAUGCUUUGUCCAAAAGUCACACCUCACCAAUCAUGAGAUAAUUAACACUGGGGAGAAGCCCUAUAAGUGUAAUCAGUGUGGUAAAACCUUUGGCUGGAAGUCAAGACUCAUCCAGCAUGAGAUGAUUCACACUGGGGAGAAGCCCUAUAAGUGUAGUCAGUGUGAUAAAACCUUUGGCUGGAAGUCAAGACUCACCCAGCAUGAGAUGAUUCACACUGGGGAGGAGCCCUAUAAGUGUAAUCAUUGUGGGAAGACCUUUGGCUGGAAGUCAAGACUCACCCAGCAUGAGAUGAUUCACACUGGGGAGAAGCCCUAUCAGUGUAGUGAGUGCGGAAAAUCCUUUUGCCAGAAGUCAAACCUCACGACACAUGAGAUAAUUCACACUGGGAAAAAGCACUAUCAGUGUAAUCAGUGUGGGAAAACCUUUGGCUGGAAGUUCCACCUCACCCAGCAUGAGAGAAUUCACACUGGGGAGAAGCCCUAUCAGUGUAAUCAAUGUGGAAAAACCUUUGGCCGGAAGUCACACCUCACCCAGCAUGAGAAAAUUCACACUGGCAAGAAGCCCUAUCAGUGUGACCAAUGUAGAAAAACCUUUGGCCAGAAGUCACACCUCACCCAGCAUGAGAAAAUUCACAUUGGGGACAAGCCCUAUCAGUGUGACCAAUGUAGAAAAACCUUUGGCCGGAUAUCAUACCUCAGCAGGCAUCAGACCACUCACAAGAGAGGAGUCUUUUGAGGUAAAAGAACUUUCUCAGAAGUCAAACCUCAGGAAACGUCAGAGAAUGCAUGCACUGGGAAAAUAU